UCUGCUGAGGAACGUGUGUGUGUGUGUGUUCUAUAUGUGUAGUUUAAUUCCGCACAGGAUCGAUCAGAUAGAGUGUGUUUAUCUCAGAUUGAGUGUUUAUCGCAGCAUGUUCAGCAGCGCGGAUCACUCCACACACUCCUCCGCCAUUACGGCUCUGCUCGCGCGCAGAUCUCUGAAGAGACGCAGAGAUGAUGAGGAGCAGCUCCAGGAAUCCAGCGUGAAUCUGCUGAUGAGAAACCAGAACACAACACAACUUCUGCUGGAGAUCACAUCACAUGGUCCGAUCAGAGACCUCAGCUGUGACGGAUAUGAAGAUCUGCAGUCGUCAGUUCUGGCGGAUGAGUUGCGGAGCCGAUCGGAGCACAUGCAGGUUCCAGUGGCGCUGCUGGCCGUCACAGUUCUGUCUGGGAACAUCCGGGAUCUGAUCUCACACACUGAUGACACACACCGUGUGCUACUGAACGCUGAACAGAGAACUGAUGUGUGUGCGUUAGUGAAGUCUGCUCGAGCACUGAUGUCUGCUGGGAUAUUCAGCCCGGAACUCUUCUGGCAGGAAUACUGGAAGCUGCAGCCUGUGCUGGAGCUGACGUAUCAUCUACACACACACAACAUCCUCACGCUGGACUUCCUGCUGCACAGAGACGCAGCAUCGGUGAGCUCGUGGAUCACGGAGCAGCUCAGAGAUCUGUGUGUUUCCAUGGCAACAGCAGCGGAUCAACAGCAGAUGCAGCAUCAGAUUCUCUCCACUGUGGUGUGUGUUCUGGUGCGGAGGGCCUUUGAAGACUCCAGUCACACACUCUCUGAGACCUGCGGCUCAAUCCUGGACACCAUGAUGACCUGGCUGCUGGACACACUGAGUGAUGAAGACUCGGAGACGUCAGCCGCUGCGCUCUGGGUUCAGGUGUUCGAUGCCUCAGUGUUCGGUGUGUGUGUGUCUGAAGACACAUUGCAGCGGUUCUUCACACACUCGCUCAUGCGCGUUCUCACACACCAACCCGUCUUUAAAGUGUCGGAUGCCAUCGCCACACAGAGUGAAUGGAGCUUUGCUAAAACCCUUCCGUUACUGACGGCUCUUUUCUGCAAGAUCUGUGUUGUCUUCAGCGUGGAGUGUGUGUUGGAUCAGCUGCAGCGAGUGUUAGAGACACACGAGGUGAACUGGCGUCACGUGCUGUCGUGUGUGUCUCACCUGCUGGUUCAUGAUGCGCAGACACAGAGCCGCCUCACAGAUCUGCUCUCCCGGAUGCUGAGGUCCUCGUGUCACAGCUGUGAUGUGGAGAAGAUGGUCUCGCUGUUCCUGCUGUCCCGUCAGGCGUCUCUCGAGGGCCCCGCCGUCUUCCCCUCAUACAGCGACUGGUUUAAGCUGUCGUUUGGGGGAUCUAGCAGUUUCCACGCUAAAAGCAAGAAGUCCACACUGUUCCUCCUGAAGUUCCUGUCAGAUCUGGUUCCCUUUGAGCGCCCCCAGUAUCUGAAGGUCCACGUCAUGCAUCCGCCGUUCUUCGGGGGGAAGUACCGCUCUCUGCUGCAGGAGUACGUGACGCUCGCCAGGACACGCCUGAGGGAUCUGAAGGUGUCGCUGGAGGAGACGGGCAUCUUCGAGGUGGUGAACGGCUCCGCCGGUGCGGCUGAAUGUCCAGCACAGCAGGAUGUGGAGAAGGCUGUAACUCUCUUCAUGAGCACCAAUAAGAUCCCAGCGACAGUGAUAGAGGCCAGUAUCUUUAGGAGGCCGUAUUUCCUGACUCGAUUCCUGCCUGCUCUUCUCUCUCCGCGUGCGCUUCCUGUGACGUCAGAUGCCAGAAUGACCUUCAUUGAGGCCUUGAGGAAGGUGGAUAAGAUCCCGGCCGCGCUCUACACUUCAUACACACACUCGUGUCAGAGGGAGACGCACCGCCAGAAACAAGGUGUGUGUGAGUCCAGUGUGGACAAUCAUCAGGUGAUUCUACGCGAGCAGUUCCUUCAGCUGAGGAGAUUGAUGACUGACGGAGAUGUUUGUGCUCAGCUGUCCAGGAUCUCUCAGACGUUGAGGAACAUAUGUCCUGAUGAAGAGACAGGAAGUGAUGUCAUCACGCUGAACCUGGAUUCGCCUGAUUCGACACACGCUGCUGUGGCCAAUCUGACCUUGCAGAGCUUCUGUGUGUGUGUGCUGGAUGCUUCCCGAAUCAGCCCUCCUAACAGGCAGGGCUCAUGGCCGGGUGUGUUUGUGAAGGUGCUGUUGGGCCACCGAUGGCUCGUCUCUGCCCUGAUACACAGACUGUGGGAUCUGCUCCAGCACCAGACCGAGGCUCUGAGCGCGGCUCAUGUUCUGGGUGUAGCGGCGCUGAUGGUGGAGCUUCAUCACUGCACACAGGUGUGUGUUCGGGUGCAGCUGACGGGCUCGUCUGCGGUCGCUCUCUCCGUGUCCCAGUGUCUCUGUGAGGCUCUGAUCUGCUCCACACGCGCACACAUGGCCCUCUGCCUCAGGUUGUGUGUGGCCGUUCUGUCAUACGGCCUGUGCAGAGCCAACGCUCAGUCAGAGGAACUCCAGAACUUCAUCCCAGAAACACUUUAUAAAAAGGUACAGAAGCAGUCAGGGGUUGGUGCUGAUGCUCAGAGUGGAGCU